GAAAGAGGAAGAAGAAAGGAGAAGAGAGAGAGAGAGAGAAAGAAUAAGAAGAAGAAGGAAGAAGGAAGAAGGAUGAGCAAGGAAAGGAAAGGAGGAAGAAGAUGAAGUUUGCGAGAGAACCCAGAUCUGGGUUUACAGAGGCAAGGGAAAAGGAAAGAAAUCGAGUGAUUCGACAGCAGAUCCAGCUGGAUGAGGUGCAGAAGCUGUUCAUGUUGGGGCAAAGACUAGGGGUUAAGUGUCAACAAAAUGAGGAAGAAGUGUUGUCCAGGGGUUUGGGUAGUGUGGUGAAGAGAAAAGAGAUUUCUAAGUUACUAAGAAAGGAGAAUCCAGAUUUCUUGUUUAUUCAGGAAACAAAGCUUGAACAAAUUGAGACAUUUGUGUGUCGGUUGGUGUGGAACUCAAAUGAUUUUAAAUGGGUGAUGCAAAAAUCAAAUGGUACUUUGGGUGGUUUGCUGUGUAUAUGGAAUAAGAGGAAUUUUGUAAAACGAAGGGUAGUUGAAGGUCAAGGUUUCAUCGGGAUUUCAGGGGAGUGGGGUAAACAACAGCUUCAAUGCACUUUUGUUAAUAUAUAUGCGCCGUGCGAUAGGCAAAGCAGAGUUGUGUUGUGGGGGGAAUUAAGCAGAUUAGUAUUUGAUGAGGGUGGGAUAUGGCUUUUGGCAGGGGAUUUCAAUGCUGUUCAUAAUAGUGCGGAGAGGAAAGGAAGGGUGGGUGAGACUCAAGACAUGGAACAAUUUAAUCUUUUUGUGCAAGGGACGGGACUGGUAAAUCUUCGGUUGAGGAAUAGAAAGUUUACAUGGUAUAGACCGGAUGGAACUUCUAUGAGUAGACUUGACAGGUUCUUGCUAUCCAUUGAAAUGAGUUUAAUGGAGGGAGAUUGGAAUCAAGAAGGCAUACGAAGGUCAAUCUCAGAUUACUGUGCAAUUAUUUUGAAACCAAGAAGUGUUGAUUGGGGUCCCAAGCCCUUUCAAGUACUCGAUAAAUCAAGGGCUAAUUGGGCUAGUCUUGGAGAUGCAAAUACAGCAUUCUUUCAUAGGAGUGUGCAUGCUCGGAGGGCUCAAAAUAAAAUUUCAAGUAUCUACGACGAUAAUGGGUGGGUUAAGGAACCUGAGUUUGUUAAGGCGGCGACAGUGAAGUACUUCACCAAGGAAAUUGAAGAGGGGCUAAAUGAUUGUGAUGGCUCCAAGGCUCCAGGACCAGAUGGUUUUAAUUUUAACUUUAUAAAGUUUGCUUGGAGUACCGUGAAGGAAGACUUUGUGAAUUUUUUGAUGGAAUUUCACCGUAAUGGGAGUGUGUUAGUUCUGAAUGAGGUUGUGCAUGAGGUGAAAUGGAGGAAGCAAGAGAGUUUCAUUUUAAAGGCGGACUUUGAGAAAGCCUACGACUGUGUGGACUGGGGCUUUCUUGAUUGGAUGAUGAAUAGAAUGGGGUUUGGGGUGAAGUGGAGGAAAUGGAUGUGGGAGUGUUUUUCAAUUGCUAGAAUUUCCAUUUUAAUAAAUGGAAGUCCGAUGACUGAGUUUCCAGUUAGCAAUGGUCUUCGCCAAGGACUCCUGAAGGGUGUCGAGAUUGGAAGGGGAGGUAUGGUGUUAUCACUGUUACAGUUUGCGGAUGACACGUUGUUUAUGGGGAAGGCUAAUGUUGAUAAUUUAUGGGUUGUGAAGGCCAUUUUGAAUUGGUGUCAAUUGAUCUCAGGGUUGAAGAUCAACUUUGGGAAAAGCUAUUUAUAUGGCUUCAAUUUGUCGGAAGGGUGGGUUAAAGGUGCAGCUGCUAUUAUGCGUUGUGGGGUGGGCAAAAUGCCUUUUACUUAUCUUGGCUUGCCAGUAGGAAGGAAUUCAGGGAGAAGACAGUUUUGGAACCCAGUGCUGGACCGUUUCCGCCAUAAGCUUGCCUCCUGGAAAAGCCCCUUACUGUCUUUUGGAGGUCGAAUAACUUUAAUCAACUCAGUUAGUUGGGAGUACGUGUGUAUGGAUAAGGGGAGAGGAGUCUUAGGAGUCGCUGAUUUGGAGAGGAGGAAUUGUAGUUUGUUGGGAAAAUGGUGGUAUAGGCUAGGUGAUGGUGUUGGUGGUUUAUGGAAGCGGGUUCUUUGGGAGAAAUAUUAUGGGGGUAGAAAGGAGGUUGAUAUUAUGUCAGUUGUGACUUGGAACAUUUCAGGUGUGUGGAAGGACAUUAUGGGUCUCGAUAGAGGGUCGGAAAGGUUAGAAAGUGCUCUGCCAAAAGAUGUCUUCAGAUUGGCGGAUGUUGUGAUGGCUGGAAUCAACGGGGGGUGCUGGACGGAGUUAGGGACUCUUGUUUUUUUGGUUACUGCUUGGUAUGUUUGGUUUUGGAGAAAUUUGAAAGUGUUUGGGGCAGAUUCGUUGGGGAUGGGUAAUGUGAUUCCUCGCAGGCAUUGCUGCAAGGGGCGUCUAAUGGCCUAAUUUGUUAUCUUCUUAUUGGGUGUUUUUUAGGUCUUAUACUAUAUGACAUGUUAGCUAGGGAGUUUUGUUGGUUUAAUUUCUCUUUUAAUUUUGUAAGUGGGCAGGAGUACCCCUUGUACUCCAUUUAAUAAAUUUCUUUUUGCUGA